AUGCAUGAGCCUGUGGGGUUAAAUCAUUUUAGUUCACUAACGAUCUUUGGAGAGGGCGGGGAGAACUAUCGCGGGAUCGAGGACACGAUUUUAGCGGAAGCGCGCUACAGCCAUCAGAGCCACGGUCUGCAGAGAGACUUUGUGGUUUUCCUGCUGGGAACGUUCCAGAACGUGAGCAUCUCAGAGAAUGAGAGCGUGCAGGCCGUGGUGUCCAGGAUCCCUUCAGAGGUUGCUUUCAUCACGCUGCAGUUCCACACGCAUCACCACAAUGCCACGCUCUCCUACACCAGGACACCAGGCCUGGGUCUGUCUCUGACAGCAGUGGACUUGGGGCUCCUGUCAGCUCUCCAGCCAGGCCAGACAUCCCUCUCCUUGUUCAUAUCCUCUCCUGGUGCUGACACUGUGGCAGGCACUGCAGUCACCCUUCCAUUCUCCAGCACUGACCCUGUCCCAGGCGCUUGUAACAUGGAGUCCACCCUGGACAUCGACCCAAAUGUCUAUGUUCACUACAAUCUCUAUGAGACCAUGAUCCGUUUUGCACCAGCAAACCUAGGAUAUGAGAGAGGUGAAGCUCCACCAGCCUGUGAUCAGUCGACGGAGAGCAGCACACGCUGGCGGCUGCAGUAUGACAUCUAUCGGUACUUUCUGCCUGAGAAUGACCUAUCAGAGCGUAGCCUGUUCACUGGAAUUCAGGUCAUGGCCAACACCCAGGCUGUGAUGGAGAACGGGAAACGGAUCAUGACGCUGUCAUCGUCAGAUAUGAGCAUGGCAGUGUUCAACUCCAUCCCCGGUCAGGGCGUCAUCUACUCUGUCAUUGUCAGAGAUCCACUGUUGAACAGCUAUGCCUCCUAUGUCCCUGUCCACACCUAUGCCUGCAGCUUUGCUUCCACUGUGGAUGGCUGUCAAACACUUGGGAAGAUAUCUACCAAAGUGUUUUUCACUACCACUGGCUUAGCAGGCCUGUUUGUCUGCUUCCUUGGGCAUCGAUUCUUCCAAAGUGAGCUGUUUUUCAUGGGAUUUAGCUUUGCAGCAUUUUUCUUCUUUGUGCUCAUCACCAGGACCACACAGCUGGAUUAUGACAUACGUCUGGCUGUGUCGGCAGUGAUUGGUAUGGUGGGCGGAGUCAUCAUGGUGAUGAGUUGGUGGCGUUUUGGUAUAGUCAUAGCCUGUGUCAUUGUUGUCGGCCUGUUGCUCGGGUUCCUUGUCGCUUCUACUGUCCUCUUCACUCCUUUCGGUGACCUUGAUGUGCUCAGGCAUUCAGAUGUGGUUUUCUGGGUAACAUUCUGCUGCUUCAUGGUCAUAGUUUUACUCUUCUUUGUGCGUUGUCCCAGAGAGGGUAACAUCACCGCGUGUGGCAUUGUUGGCGCUUAUGCUGUCGUUUUGGCCGUCAACGCCUACAUUUACACCAGCCUGUCUUACAUCACCAUGAACAUCCUCAAACGCUUCCUCAACAACAGCUUCAGUGCAGUGUUCACUGAUGUGCCUUUCCAAACCAUUGAUUACAUCAUGAUCUCCGUGUGGGUGGUGCUCGCUGUCAGCGGUAUUGUCCUGCAGCUGUACCGCGAGCAUUCUCGGCCAGUCUUCCCUCCUAGUCCAUACCUUCUGUGGGUGCAGGAACGAGAGCGCCGCAGGACCAACAUUCUGGACCCAAGCCACCACUUCCCCUCACUUCCCAGCCGUUUGCUGGCCCGAGUGCAGCAGCUGACAAAGCGCAGGGAGCCAGCAGGAGAACACACACCUCUGCUCCUGUAAAGCUCAGAUGCAAAGAGGACAAGAUCCCUGUCGUGGAGGAUCAAGGAGCUGUUGCUGCUUCAUGUUGUUCUUCACGACUGGUGCAUGGAUUUGACCUCAGAGCAGCUGGCAGUGUAAAUGACACCAAGAGGGAUUUUCUUCCACGGACAUUCUUAGGGUCAAAUUUUAAGUGUUUUUUCUUUCUUUCUUUCUACAAAAACUGACUUUUUUUUCUUUCUUGACAACGCCACUUCUGUUAAACACUUAAAUGACAUUUUAACAAUCAGUAAAACUGCUUGAGAAGAAUUAUGUUUGAAUAUCUAUGUUUAAUAACUGAAACGUGGCUGUUGUUGCUUUUAUGGUGUCUGCUGCUUUGUCUCAGUUCCACCAUUUGCACUAACUUCUAAUGAUUUACACAGUGAAACAUUUUCUCCGAGGACAAUUUGAAGGUUAACACCAGUGCAGUAUUUAGUUGAGAUUUCCAUGUUGACAUGCCUUCUGAAAAUUUGCUGUGUAAUAGUUUGGUCUUAAACUAAACACAUAGGCCAGACUAAUAAACCUUGAGUUAAAACAUAAACUGCACUGGACUCUCUGAAACAUUGAAUGUUUUAUGUUGUAGGCCAAACUCUAAAUGUGUCAUUUGUCCCUAGAAUGGGCUACUAUGAACAGUCAUAAUGAGGUCAUGUAGGUCAGUAAGAAUGUCAGUUUUUAUGACCUGCAAAGUAAUUUUGUACAGUUCUUUUUAGCUUUCACAUAAAAUAAGAAAAAUCAGUCCUUCUCUGCAGUCACUCUGACAGAUCAGGCGUUUUAACUCCUGAUUGGACCAAACUUGGCAAUCUGGUCAUCUUUUUGUACUUUGCACACUAGAUUUUGUUAUAUUUAAUUGUUCUUGGUGUUAGCAGUGCUGAUUAUCUGUUGUGUGAAUCUGUCACCUGUGUGUCAGGAUGUCUCUCAGGGUUUCACACAACUUUUACAAUGCACUGAGACAACUGGUGAAACCUUGUACUUGACCUUUAGGCCUGUCAGUCUAUAUUUUAUGUAGCUAAGCUGAGCUGAACCUCCUGGUUUUGUGACUUUUUAGAGAGGAAAAAAAUCGACCACAAUAGGCAGAUGUCUUCUUAAGAGUAAGGUCAGUUUGUAAUGUAAGAUAUUUUGACAUUUAAUGCCUACAGCUAAAAACUUAAUUUUCUUAGGUUUUGUCUUAACUUUUAAGUUAAAUGUAUAAUGUGUUAAAAUUGAAUGAAUAAAGAUCGGUUGAGUGAUGA